CUUAAGUAGAGGGUAGCUGAAAGCACCAUUAGUGUUGCGAUUGAUGGUUGAUUUCCUCGCUUUGAACAAGGAUUUGAGCUGGUGUAGAAGACACAUGGGUGACAAAGAAAGCGAAGUUAGCUUAUGCGGUGUGCCUGAGUGGUUCGGACUCCCAGAGAACAGCACAGCUUCGUACGUAAACGAUAUCUUCGUCGCCGUAUUUACAGCUCUCUUGUGUUGUUUCGCAAUCUGUAGCAACUUGCUCAUUAUUGUGACAACUGUGAAAACUCCGUCAUUACAGAAGCCAUGCAAUAUUCUGCUGUGUAGCUUGGCUGCUGCAGAUUGGCUUACUGGUCUAACAUCUAUGCCAAUGUUCGCCGCUUUGAGGUUGAUAAUUCACCGUGUUCCCUCGACAUGCAGUUAUCAAGAAGACCUUUUUACCGCCUUCUAUGCGUCUAUCAUGUUAACAUCUGGAUGGUCGUUUGCCAUUUUAACUUUCGUCAGCUUUGAUCGCCUCAAUGCAUUGUCAAGACCAAUUUCCUACCGUCUGCGUGUAACUGUCGAAGGGACAGUAAAGACGAUGUCUUUUAUUGGAGUAAGUUGGUUUUUGCUAACAAUCUUAGCUCAAUUACUCCUAUCCUCGAUACUGGAAUUAGUAUUUUCCAUGACAUUGAUAGCCAUAUUCAUAAUCAUCCCUACUGUAAACCACAUAAGAAUGUACCUAGCAAUCCGCCGCCAUAAUAAGGAGCUCAGACGAUUGGUUGCGUCAGUGAGGCUGACAACUGUGUUACGAAGGGAGAAGAAGACUGCCAUUGAUAUGUUUGUUAUUACUAUGGUUCUCCUGCUGUGUCUGGUACCGGCAAUUUUGAUCAAGUCGACACAGGUUCCUUUCCCAAGAGUUUACUCUUUUUUGCAGCCUUGGUCCAUAGCAAUGGUGUUUUCAAACUCUGCUUUGAAUCCCCUGAUUUACACAUUAAGAAACCAAAGUCUUAGGGAUGCAAUGAGGAAUGUCAUUCUGAGGCGAAAUAGGAGAGCGAUUGGAAUUAUUACCAGCGAGAGCGGUGGCAGAACUCAGGAGCUGGUCAUGUUCUAAACAAGAACAAACGACAGGCGAUUGCACUGAUUGGGUGCGAAGUGAACCGUACCACAUAUGAAAGCAUCGAAGCGUUCUGUCGGUUGUUAAAUUGGAGCGCUAUUGCAGAAAACAGGAGUUAGCGGUUGACCUUUGAAGAGACCAUUUUAGUUGUUAAAACAUGAAGUAAUUCUUGAAUAAUCUUCCCGAUGUUAUAUAUAUAUAUAAAUAUGUUUAUAUUCACACUUCGUAAAUAGUGUUAGUUUUUUUUUCAUCACAACCAUCGUCAUUGCCAUUUCUAACAAUAAUAAUUAUUAUAUCAAAUUGAAUUUAUCAAUGUCAUUACUAUUGAUAAAUUCAAUUUUUCGAUACAACUGGCCUAAAUAUUCGCUCCAAGAGUUGUUAGUUUACAACGUAACUCAUCGAAAAAUGGGAAAGGCCUCAUUCGGCGCGAGGAACCGUGGCGCUCUGAUAUCUUUGAAUCAUAUCAAAUAUUCUGGCGCUUGGCGCGGUAAGAAAAAAAGCUUUUACAAAUUUCUUAUAAAACCCGAAUAUACCUUUUAGCUCUGUGGUCACGUAGCUUGACAUGGGUAAACAAUUAUUCCAAAUGGUUGCUCAAGCAAAUUCAUGUUGCGGUUAUAUUACGGACGAAAUCUAUCCUUCUCUUGCCGGAAUUGUCAUAUUCACAGAUAAAUCGACUCUCAAGAAACUGCAGUAAAAAAGAAAUCGGCGACUAGGUGGGGUUUAUAGUAGCCGAUCGAAAUUAAGUUCGUUAUUGAGAAUGAAGACAACCUAGAGUUGGAACUGAAACAAACUGGUGAUCACUCGAUCUUCAGAGAUCAUAAAAAGUUCAUGAAACGAACACGAAAGGGAAGCGAAUAUAUCACAACUACAUAGUUUUAGCGAUUUGGGAAUUUUAGAUUCUCUCUUCUGCGUUACUUAGCAAUUUAGUCGUGUUAUGUAAUGUACAGUGAAAGGCCCAGAAUCAAAAAUCAUAUUUAGAAGUAGUACAGUACAGUACAGUACAGUAGUUUAUUAAAUUUUCUAAAACUC